AUGCUUCGAAGCUUGUGUUCUGUGUUUCUGCUGGUCCUAGUUAAAACAAUCUGUGCAUUUCUCUAUGAUACCAGCUUAUAUGUUCCAAAGCAUCUCGACUUCCUAUUAUCUCAAAGUAACUUGACUCGGAUAUUUUCAAUGACUACGAUGCUACAUUAUCACCAAUCUAUACGAAAAGUGAGUUAUGAUCCCACAAAACCCAUUGGUUAUGAUCCGGAGUCUCCAAAGAGAUGGAAUUACACAAUUCUACUUUAUUCACUGAAAUUAGUGGAAGUGAUUGAACCCGAAGAGAAAGUUUCAGUGGUUAUGGAAAUCAUGGAGUAUUGGUAUGACCCAAGGUUGACAUGGAACAGAAGCUUAUACGAUGAUGUGGAUUUUUUCUAUACACGUCAAACGAAUGUUUGGAGUCCUACACUCUCAGCGUUUGGGGUAAACGACCUAAUUGACUUCCGUGACCAAGAUUUUCGACUAGUUUGUGUUAACAGCGUUGGUAUGGUCUACGACUACGUCUCUGUUCGGGUAUCUGCCAAUUGCCCCAUGGAUGUGUCCAGAUUUCCAUUUGAUACUCAAAUCUGUCAAAUUAGAUUUUGUUUGCCGGUUUUCAACGCAGCAGAAGUGGAGAUUCUGAACACCAUAUACCAAGGAGUUUUGAAAGCGGAAGCGUGGAAAACAAUGGGCAACUCUGAAUGGAAACUAGUCAACAUUUCAAAUCGAGUGGAGACGUUACGCUAUGAUGAUGGUUUUGGAAAUUUGGAUUUGGGGAUUUAUGAGAUCACUAUCCGCCGGAACCCUCUUUAUUAUAUUUAUAUGAUAAUCUUCCCUUCAUUUAUCAUCAAUGCCUUGUCAAUUAUUGGAGUAUUUAUGAAAGGGGCUGAUAAGAUGUCGAGGCUAAAUGUCGGUCUCACCAACAUUAUGACAAUGACAUUCAUUCUUGGAGUGAUGGCUGAUAAGAUUCCAAGAACAGGAACAGUUCCAUUGCUUGGUAUAUACAUCAUCAUGAAUCUCGUCAUAAUGAUCAUUGCCAUUGGAAUCGUGACAGGCAUAACUGAAUUACGCAGGUGCGCAGCGCCGAUUCUGAAGAGGAAGCAUUCAAAGUUUAGGUAA